CUGCUGCGUGUGUUUUGCAGAGCCUGAAAGACCAUCAUGGCAGAGAAGAAGCCCAAGCUCCACUAUCCGAACGGGAGAGGCCGGAUGGAAACCGUAAGAUGGGUUUUAGCUGCCGCUGGAGUCGAGUUUGAUGAAGAAUUUCUAGAAACAAAAGAGCAGUUGCAGAAGUUGCAGGAUGGUAACCACCUGCUGUUCCAGCAAGUGCCAAUGGUUGAAAUUGACGGGAUGAAGCUGGUGCAGACCCGAAGCAUCCUCCACUACAUAGCGGACAAGCACAACCUCUUCGGCAAGGACCUGAAGGAGAGAACCCUGAUUGACAUGUAUGUGGAAGGGACGCUGGACCUGCUGGAACUGAUUAUCAUGCACCCUUUCCUAAAACCAGACGAUCAGCAGAAGGAAGUGGUUAGCAUGGCCCAGAAGGCCAUCCUUCGAUACUUUCCUGUGUUCGAAAAGGUCCUGAGGGAGCACGGACAGAGGUUCCUCGUUGGUAAUCAGCUGAGCCUUGCGGACGUGGUUCUCCUCCAGACCAUUCUGGCCUUGGAGGAGAAAAUUCCCAAUAUCCUGUCAUCAUUUCCUCACCUGCAGGAGUACACAGUGAAGAUGAGUAAUAUCCCUACUAUUAGAAAAUUCCUUGAACCUGGCAGCAAGAAGAAGCCUCCUCCUGACGAGAUCUACGUGAGAACCGUCUACAACAUCUUUAUGCCGUAAAGCAACGCGGGCGUCUGUGAGUGAGAACCGCCCCUAGAGUUUGCCGUGUCCACAGUAGUAUCUUGAUGCCAGGCUGCCGUGACCCCAGCUCCGUCGUGGUGCUCUGUAUAGUGGUUCCUAAGUUGGGUCUUUCAUGUCAAGGACGUCUCUUCUAGAAACAUUGACAUCUUUUUUUGUCCAGUGAAUAAUGUUACGGACCUGUUUCUGAAAACCUUUUUGGAGAGGCUGGCAUUUAAGUUAGACCUGAUCCGAACUCACUUCCUGACAACAGGGGAGGGCGGGACUUCCUGUUCUCCCCUGAGCUUCUUCUCUCCUCUCCUGAGCCCAUUCUAAACCCCAUCUGGUCUCUUCCUCGUGUUUAGUGUCUAGUAACAACAGAAUAUCUAGUGACCAUCUCCCCUCUGAGCUAUUAGAAAUCCAUGGUAGUAAUGAAUGUGGUUGAUAUAAGCCAAAAUAAAGAAUUACAAAUCA